AUGAGUUCGCGCAGCACGACGCGCAGCGAUUACCCGUUCAUGGGCCUCGGCAUCGACACGCGUACGCUUCAAUCGACACUGCGCCAUCCCAACUUCAAAAGCGUCUGCGCAGCAAACUUGUCGCUGGAGGACUUGCAGGGAAAGACGGUGGAAGAGCGGGCCAUCGUGUACGCCAAAAUCGCCCUGAAGCUGCACGGGACGAACUUCAUCCUCGUCGCGCCCGGCGGGGUCAAGAACACCAAUCCUCGCCCUGGCAGCAUCGUCGAGCAGAUCCCAGGCUUCACCGUCGACGAAUUGCCCGACCAGUUCGACUUCUGCGCUCUCGGAAACCGGUACUUUCAGCAGGGCGACCUCGAGAUUGCUGUCAAGAUCUACGACGAAGGCCUUUCUCGCGACGUCGCCCCCGAAGUCCGCCUCCUUCUCCGCCACAAUCGCUCGCAAGCUCACCUCCGCCUCGCAAACUUCGCUUCCACCUACCACGACAGCUCAUUUGUCCUCAAGCAGCUCGACGAGGGAGUUGUCGGGCCGUCGAACGCGAGGGUGAAGGCCACCAUCCGCCUCGCUCGCGCACUGGAAGGGAUGCGCCACCUCACGCUCGCGCUCGAGCAGUACAAGAAGGCCCUCGACAUCAACGCCGCGGCCAGCGAGGCGGUCGAAGGACUGGAGCGAGUGCAGCGCAAGAUCCGCGAGAGCGAGGAGGGCAGCUACGACUGGCGCAAGCUGGAAAAGAUCGCGGAAACGGAGACGAGGCUCGAUGCCGGCGACUUCAUCGGUCCCAUCAAGCUCGUCAACAUGGAGGGACGUGGCGGAGGACGCGGUGUUGUCGCGACGAGGGAUAUCGAGGCGGGCGAACUCCUCCUGGUCGACAAGGCUAUCGUCGUCGGCGACCAGCACGACGCCAGCGACCCGUCCAGGGUUUUCCCAUUCGGCGGCAACCGCGCCUGGCAGCUCUCGCUGUAUCAGCUCGCCCAGCGACUCGCUCACGUGCUCAAGGAGGACCCGUCGCUUGUGCCCUUCGUCCACAGUCUGCACAGCAAGGUCCUGCCGGCGAGUUGCGACGUCGCCUUCGAAUCCCUCGACCAACGUCCGCUUCCCCAGGAGGACGAGUCUGUCCAGCUCGGCACGAUCCGCCUCGAGUCAAUCUGCGCAACGAACAGCUUCGGAUGGCGCGAGGGGUCACUCGAGCGUUCAAAAGGCUCGACGCUCGACCCUGGGUCCAGCCUGCACCUUCGCAUGUCUCUUCUCAACCAUUCCUGCGUCCCCAACGCGGCUCGCGAGGAGAUAUGCGACGUCAAAAUGGCCCGAGCACGCGUUCCGAUCAAGGAGGGCGAGGAAGUCUGCCUUUCCUACGUCGAUCCGCUUCACUCCCGUCGCCCCUACAUCCUCGCAGCACACUUCCCGGACGGCUGCAAAUGCGCGUACUGCCUCGACGAGAAGCACGACACGGCAGAACAGAUCGCGAAGCGUAACGAACUGCACGACCAGACUCUCCCGAAGGUUUCGCAGAUUAGUCAGCAACUCUCGGAAGGGCUUUCGCCUGAAGUCUUCGCUCCCAUCCUCGAGUUCCAGGACCACGUCGCCGCGCUCGAGCUGACGUACUCGGCCGGGAGCAGCACCUUCCGUCCUCACCUUGCAGGCGCUUGCCUGUUCUUCGCCAGCAUCCUCCGCAAUGCCCUGUCCUUCGAUGCCGCGGACCAUUACACCCUCGAGUACCUUCGCUUCUUAGGCGCCAUCGUCGAGGAGCACGCAGACCGCAUCGAAGUCCGCGCCGCCCCAGCCUUUGAGGGCUCAGUCGCCCCGCUUGAGCUGAUCUCUAUCGCGGGUCACCAUGCACGCGUCAAGGGCGACGUCGUCGAAGGGCGCAAGUGGUUCAGCGCUGCUGCGAAGAUGAGCAGGCUUGUCCACGGCGACGACUGGGACGCGUUCAUCGACCGCCAUGCCGAGCAUGUCCAGCGAUGA